AGAGAUCAGACUGGUGAACGAGAAAACGGUUCAUUCACACAGCCGCGUCUCUGCAGCAGCAUCAUCAUCAUCAUCAUGUUCUACUGCUGGGGCGAUUCAUCCAAAGGACAGCUGGUUAUUCCCAGCCCUGGAGGGAAGAGCAUCACUACACCGACUUCAGUAAACUUUAAUGAACAACUCGUUCAGAUCUCUUGUGGAGAACAGCACACUUUAUUCCUGACACUUAGUGGUCAGGUGCUUUCAUGUGGACGGAACUCUAAAGGACAGCUCGGACGAUCCAAGAGCAGAGACACCAAACUGCCAGUGAAGAUUGAAGGCUUGGGCUCUGUAGCUGCAAUAGCAUGUGGACAGGACCACAGUUUGGCUCUAUGUGAUUCAGGUCAAGUGUUUUCCUGGGGUGCAGGUGGCGAAGGUCAGCUGGGUCUCAUCAGUCCAGUGGCAAAAUGUCUUAAACCUACGCCAGCUCAGAUACACUUACCUUUACAGAUCCCAGUGGUACAGGUGGCUUGUGGAAAUUUCCAUUCUUUGGCCCUAUCCAAGGGAGGUGAAGUCUUUUCAUGGGGUCAGAAUAAAUAUGGUCAGCUGGGACUGGGGAAAUCGGUGGAGCUGCAGCCUAACCCGGCUCUGAUACGAUCUCUUGUCGGAGUUCCAGUCAUUCAGAUCUCCGCUGGUGGAGCCCAUACCCUGGCAUUGACCCUCACAGCUCAAGUGUUCUGCUGUGGAGCUAACAGUGUAGGACAACUGGGCCUAAAUAGGACAGACGUAAAAGGCCGAUUUGCGGUAUGUGCAGUUCCAGCUUUGAAGUACUUGGGGGUUUCUUCCAUCAGCUGUGGAGCGGCUCACACUGCCAUCCUCACUAAGACUGGAGAGGUGUACACAUUCGGAGAGGGAACUCAUGGUCAACUUGGGCAUAACUCCACCAAUAAUGAACUUCUACCCAAGAAAGUUGAUGGAUUUGAUGGACCUGCUAAACAAGUAACCUGUGGCAGCCACCACACUCUGGUUCUGAUGCCAUCUGGUAUCCUCUUCACGUUUGGCCGUGAUGUCCAAGCUCAGGCGAGUGGUGGCACGGAAAACAGCCUGCAGCCAGUAAGACUGGAAGGAGACUGGAUCAGCUCCGGAGCAGGGAUACAGAAAGAAAUGAAGAUCUCAUCUGGUUGGAGUUCCAACUUUCUUUUCUUUCCACCUUCCAAGACCAAUAUUCUUGGAGAUCCAGUUGGAAAACUGGGAAGGGCCCAGUUACAGAGAUGGGUUACAGUGUUGGAGAGCGAUAAAAGCGUCAAAGAUAUCAAAAGGGAGGUUUCCAUGACUUUUGCUACAAGUUCAAAUAUUGUCGCCUGCUUCAUUAAGGACAGUAGGAAUACUCCAGGUAUUCUUCAGGUUGAUGUGAAUGCUGCAAGCCAGACGUUUGACCAGCUCCUAAAUAUUACCUGGAUCAAGAAUUCAAUGAACUUCAAACAAGUGGUACAUAUACUUUUACUUGCUGCUCCAGUGAUGAAGUGUCCUGAGAUCUUCUUGCUUCUGCCAACAUGCUCCAUUCUUCACGAACAGCACAAUGUCAUCGAACUGGUGCUGCCGCUAGCUGUAGCCAUCACAGACCUCCAUGAGACUGGCAUGAAAACCUUGAAGGAACACUGGUCCCACAUGGAUGCCAACAUUAUGACCAAGCACAUCCGCAUGUGGAAGCAAGCACUCGCCUUCCUCCUGAAGUCCAAUGUGUGGAUGAAUUUUAACCCUGGUGUGAAAGCAGUGCUGGAAGUCCUCAAGUUACUUUACAGGGGAAACAAAAGAGCUGACAGCUCAAGGAGGGUACCUCUCACUGAGUUCUACAUAGAGGAGAUAGGCACCUCACCUCUGUUACUCCAAAGGGACAUUACACUGUGGAGGCAGAUUAAAUGGGGCCAGGUUCUGGAAGUGGAACAUACACCUGCUAUCUUCUGUCGUUACCCAUUUCUUCUGGAUAUGAAGAGUAAAAUCAUCAUUUUAAACUAUGUUGCAGUCAUUACACAGGUGGUUCAUCAGGCCAUGCAUAAUGAUGCGACAGCUAGGGGGAUGUUUCUGGAGGAAUACAACUGUGUCCCAGCACCCGUCCUCCAGCUAAAACUGAGACGCACUGCCUUGCUUGAGGACACAUUCAGACAACUUGACCAUGCUGACUAUGAUAACUUCAAAAAAACAUUCCUGGUGCAGUUUGUAGAAGAUGCCAAAAUUACCGAUGUGAACAGAAGGGAUUUCUUCCUCCAUGCCUUUAAUGAGCUUUUGGCUCCUGAAUCAAGGAUGUUCAUGUACAAUGACAACGAAACAAUGAUCUGGUUCCCAGCCAAGCCGGCACAUGGCACAAAACGAUACUUCCUGUUUGGGAUCCUUUGUGGCCUAGCCCUCUACAACAACAACAUAGUGCAUAUGCCCUUUCCUCUGGCCUUGUUUAAAAAGCUGGUUGGUGUAAAGCCUACUCUGGAUGAUUUGACUGAGUUCAAGCCACUGGUUGGCAAAUAUUUGCAAUCCCUUUUACAUGACUACACUGAUGAUGAUGCUGAGAACAUGGACAUCACUUUCACUGUGCACUGGGAUGGAGAGGAUGUGGCGCUAGAUUCCAGUGAAAGAGAAAAACUUGUGACAAGUGCGAACAAGAAGGAGUUUGUGGAGGCUUAUGUAGAUUAUGCGUUGAACAAGUCAGUGGAGCAGGUGUUUAGAGAAUUUAAGAGGGGAUUCUUCAAAGCGUGUGACGAAGAUGUGGUCAACUUCUUCGAGCCGGAGGAGCUCAGAGGAGUGCUGGUGGGAACAGAAGAAUAUGACUGGGACACAUUCAGAGAGAAUACAGCCUAUGCUGGACAAUACCAUGAGAGACACCCCACUAUCAUUGAUUUCUGGGAGGUAUUUGAGGAGCUGACAGAGGAGCAAAAGAAAGCCUUUCUCUUGUUCCUGACAGGCUGUGACCGUGUACCCAUCCUUGGGAUGAAGCAGAUUAAGAUGACCGUGUUGGACCGCCCUAACUUCACCCAGGACCACCUGCCGGAGUCCCUCACCUGCCACUGUUAUUUCAUGCUCCCUCCUUACAAGAGCAAGCAGCGUCUGGAGGCAAAGCUUAUUGAAGCGAUAAACCACAACCGAGGCUUCUGGAUAGAAGAUACAAAGACUGGAUGAACUGAUUUUUGAAUAUUUCAUUCAUGCAUUGAUCUAAAUCUUCCUACACAAAAUACAUCAUUUCUAGUCUGCUUGCUUACAUAAAAUAAUUGCUUCAUUUACAAAGUAGAGGAAGGAAACAUUACAUAAUAUAGGUUCUUUCAUGUGUCCUUUAUUCUUAUUAACUGAUAUGAGUGCAAAAGUGGAAUUAGGCACACUGGUUUAAUUUCUUGCCCAAUAUAAUACCAUAUAACGCUUUGAUGAAUGGUUAUUAAGAAGCAUUGCGAAGCUGAUCAUAAUACAACACAAACUAUAAAUAAAAGUAUGUUCUGUUCAUGA